CUGCGCAUGCGCGAGUUCCUUUCGCGGCAAACGUAACCUAUAAAAAUACUUUUAAUUGUAAUUGAGAUAUAGCGAAAUCGCGAGGAGGCUUAGUUUAGAAAAAUGGGCGAACGCUACAACAUUCACAGUCAGUUGGAGCAUCUGCAGUCUAAAUACAUCGGCACAGGACACGCGGACACGACUAAGUUCGAGUGGCUUGUGAAUCAGCACCGGGACUCCUGCAGCUCGUACAUGGGACAUUACGAUCUGCUCAACUUCUUCGCGAUCGCCGAGAACGAAGCCAAGGCGCGAGUCAGAUUCAAUCUCAUGGAGAAGAUGCUGCAACCCUGCGGACCCCCGCCCGAGAAGCCGGAGGAUUAAACUUCCCUUUGUCGUUGCAAACGUGUUCUUUUUUUUAAGUGAUAAAAAAACUGUAUUAAUCGCACAAUAGUUAUUUCGAGGAGGAUUAAACUCUAGCAAAAAUUAGAUAACAACGUGGAUGCAUAACCUCGAUUAUAGAUUUGUAUUAACAAAGAUACAUAUAAAGACAUUUUUGUAUAA